ACUGGAAGGAGGGACGAUGGGAGAACUACCUGUCCGGUUUGUACGAAUGGAGCCGAGAAGGGCGCUACGUGUGGGAGAGAGGCCAGCAGCGCGCGCCGUAGGAAGGGAGAAGGAGACCGGGAAGAGGGAGACCACUGGACCCAGGGAAGAUGGUGGCAGAAGAGGCCGACGGGAGAGGCACUUGGGAGCCGGCCAAUAACGCUGGUAGAGCUGUUCGGUGGGAUUGGUGCUGGGCUUGCAGCAGCGCUAGAAGCAGGGCUGGUGGUACAGCGAUGGAUACACGUCGAAGUGAACCUGGAAGUCCGCUGGAUGGCCUGGCAUCAUGCUGAGAUGCUGGCUAAGCAAUAUCCAGGACAAUUGGAGAGAACGGGGUACAAGAGCAAGAACUAGAAAAAGGGCUACGAGAGCUGAGGAGAGACGACGGGCACAGAGUACAAGACAUGCUACUGCCGGGUAGAACGGCAGCAGGGGUUGAGAAGAGGGAUCAGCCAAGGCAGCAGCAGCAAUGUAAUAAGAUUGGAGAGCCGAGGAGGGCAUGGCCCACACUGGUAGCCUAUGAAGGCUCGCGGGGGUUCAGGCUUGAGGAAGGAAAAGCAGUGAGAGCGAUGGACCAGCAGGCGCUCCAAUGGCUAAUCAAGCAAAUGGCUGGCCAGAGACCAUGCUGGCCAAAGACGGAGUCAGCAGAGGCACAUGGCAGACAAGAAAGGGCUUAUUUGAUGCAGCCAGAGAAAGAAGCAACACCGGCAGAGACAGAAGAGAAGACUUGGGGUCUGGGGGCAGACCUGGGAGAAGAGGAUGAUGCAGCUAUCAGAGCAGUAGUGGAAGAACACAAAGGGACGUUUGCGCACACCCUGCAAGUGCUGGGAAAGUGCAAGAUACAUCAGCUAGAGAUCCCGCUGACGACCGAAACGCCCGUGUAUCCGCAAAGGCGCCGCAUGAGUCCUGGGGACGAAGACAUUUGCAGGAGCAAGUGCCAAGAACUAUUGGAGCCGAACCUAGUCAGACCCUCAACCUCAUCAUAUGCAGCGGCGACAGUGGUGGCAGCAAGAACAGACCUGACUGGAGCAGUGCUAGCGAGGAGGAUGGGUGGGGACUAUAGGGAGCUGAAUUGAGCGACAGUGGCAGACAGAUACAGCAUGCCAACAGCUGAAGAGAUAUUUGACAAGCUAGAAGGGGCGACGAUAUUCAGCACAGUAGACAUGAGGCAGGGUUUUAACCAGAUCGUCGUACGGGAGACCGGAAACAGCAUUCUAUGGGGCCGAGGGGUUAUACGAGUGGAACGUCAUGCCCUUCGGGCUACGGAACGCCUCAGCAGUGUUUCAGAGGGUUAUGGAUCAGGCCCUGAAAGAGGUGCCGGCUACGGCGUGCUACAUUGAUGACGUCGUCAUAUUCAGCAAGAACGACAAGGACCAUGCAGCAGACCUGAAGGCAGCACUAGAUGCCAUAGCAGCAGCGGGACUCACCUGCCAUCCGGACAAGUGCAAGAUAGCAUGGCGAAGUGUUAGCUACCUCGGGUUCGAAGUAAAGGGAGGCAGGCUGGGCAUACAAGAGGCGAAUGUGGCAGUGCUGGAUAAGCUGGAGCAGCCAAAGGACAAGGGGGCACUACGGGCGCUGCUAGGCUUCCUUAACUACUACCGAAAAUUCAUACCGAAUUUCAGUAAAGAGCACACGUGCUGAACCAGCUCCUGAGGGACGGACAACAGUGGAGAUGGGGAGAGGCAGAAGAACAGGCUAGGCGGGACCUGUUAGAGGCUGUGAAGAUGGGGACACUCCUGCAAAUCCCAAGGGCGGAUGCACCAUUCGUGCUAUACACCAACUGGAGCAGCACUGGGAUGGGCGCUGUGCUAAGUCAGAGGAUUGACGGAGAGGAGAGAGUGGUGGCAUACGCAAGCAGGAGCUGCAGUGCCACAGAAGCAAACUACAGCGCCUAUGAGGGAGAAGGAUUGGCAGCCGUGUGGGGGGUGACGCACUUCAGAGCAUACCUACAGGGACGGCACUUCACGCUGGUGACCGAUCACCAACCCCUAAUGUGGCUGAUGAAGAACCAGACGCUGUCAGGGCGGAACACUCUAUGGGCCAUGCGAUUGCAAGAGUUCGAUUUCGAGAUACAGCAUCGGCUCGGCAAGACCCUGCAGCAUGCCGACGGCUUGUCUCGGAACCUGCCAUCUGGGGGAGAGGUAGAAUGGGUUGUGAUGGCGGCAGGAGUAGCAGAAGAUUGAACCAAAAGGGCAGAGGAGGGCAGGCAGGCCAACAUCUGGAGCGACGCAGAAGCGCUGGCGUGGAUACAAGGAGAGCAGUCAGAAGAAAAGCAGACGUCAGAG